CCGUCCAAUCAGAGUGCGGCGCGGCGGGAAAAGCGGUAGAAGGGGGCGGCCGUGCGCCAAUAUGGCGGCGGUGUGAGGCCUCGCCGGUCGCGGUGCUGCGGGCCCGUAGGAUGCCGCUCCGCGCUCUGCUGAGGGCCGCGGCCUCCCUGCGCGGCUGCGCUACCGGAGCUCUCCCGCCCGCCGCCGUGCCCGGGAGGCGGCCGGUGCCGCUGUACCCGCAGCAGACCGGCGGUAUGGCCACCCUGAACCAGAUGCACCGACAGGGCCGAACCAAGCCACCCCCUCCUAAACUGGGGGCUACCUUCGGCCGCCCCCAGAUCAAAGGGGUGGUGAUCAAGAACUUGAUCCGGAAGCCCAAGAAACCCAACUCAGCCAACCGAAAAUGCGCUCGGGUACGGCUGAGCAACGGGAAGGAGGUGGUGUGCUUCAUCCCCGGGGAAGGCCACAACCUCCAGGAGCACCACGUCGUGCUGGUACAGGGCGGCCGCACCCAGGACUUGCCGGGGGUGAAGCUCACCAUCGUGCGGGGCAAGUACGACUGCGCCCACAUCCAGAAGAAGAAAUGAAGGGAGGGAACGCAGGAACGGCCCCUCUGCGCGGGGGCGCUGUGCCGGUGGGCUCGGGAGGGAGCGUGUUUGUUCCUUCGCUGCACCCAUUAAAGGCUGUCGCCGUGCGGGAAA